AAAUCAGCUACGAGCGGGAGCAUGAACCUAAUUUCCUGGUGAAGCAAGAUCAAGAGUCCAAGACCUCGUUUGCGUGUCAGUUUGAUCCGAUCAAGCGUUGACGCGCAUAAAAAAUUGUCAGAUAAACGCCUCCAAGCGUGCAUGUUUGGAUCUCGUGGGACCCCAGGCGAGUGCUUAUAAAUGGCGACCCUCUGUGCGUGAGGGAGACACUACUUGCCAAAACAUAUUGCAGAGACUAAACAUACGCCUCGGGAACCCUGCGCUUGUGUGAGAGAAAAGAGAGUGAGAGAGAGCACUUCCCCUGCUAGAAUUGCUUUCUGGUUAAGAGCUUCUAUAUCUCCAGGAUUGCACAUAGGCUGGCAUUAUUGGAAAACCAACAAUGGGUGCCGGAGCCCAAAUGACUGUCGUCAACAAGAGUGAAGAACAGAAAGCCACUCUCCAGCGAGUGCCACACACAAAGCCUCCAUUCACACUUAGCCAACUUAAGAAAGCCAUCCCACCACACUGUUUCCAACGUUCCCUCUUCCGCUCAUUCUCCUAUGUUGCUUACGACCUCUUCUUCGCCUUCCUCUUCUACUACAUUGCUACCUCUUACUUCCACCUCCUCCCUCACCCACUUUCUUACUUUGCAUGGCCAAUCUAUUGGACUCUCCAAGGCUGCAUUCUCACUGGUGUUUGGGUCAUUGCUCAUGAGUGUGGUCACCAUGCCUUCAGUGACUACCAAUGGGUCGAUGACACGGUUGGCCUAGUCCUCCACUCUGCUCUUUUGGUGCCCUACUUCUCAUGGAAAAUUAGUCACCGUCGUCACCACUCAAACACAGGGUCGUUAGAGCGAGAUGAAGUGUUUGUUCCCAAGCCUAAAACCAAAAUGCCAUGGUACUCCAAGUACUUCAACAACCCACCAGGCAGGGUCCUUACUCUUUUGGUCACUCUCAUUCUAGGUUGGCCCUUGUACUUGGCCUUCAAUGUUUCAGGCCGUCCCUAUGACCGAUUUGCAUGCCACUAUGAUCCCUAUGGCCCCAUUUAUUCUGUUCGGGAAAGACUUCAAAUAUAUAUCUCAGAUGCUGGUAUCUUUGCCGCCACUUACGUGCUUUACAGUGCUGCAAUGGCAAAAGGACUGGCUUGGCUUGUAUGUGUUUAUGGGGUGCCAUUGCUCAUAGUCAAUGGCUUUCUUGUAACGAUCACAUACUUGCAGCAUACUCACCCUUCAUUGCCACACUACGACUCAUCGGAGUGGGACUGGCUGAAGGGAGCAUUGGCAACAGCAGACAGAGAUUAUGGGGUGCUGAAUAAGGUUUUCCACAACAUCACAGACACGCAUGUGGCUCACCAUCUCUUCUCUACAAUGCCUCAUUACCAUGCAAUGGAGGCCACCAAAGCAAUCAAGCCAAUACUGGGUGAGUACUACCGGUUUGAUGGCACAUCAUUUUACAAAGCAAUGUGGAGGGAGGCUAAAGAGUGCAUUUAUGUUGAGCCGGACGAGGGGGCCCCUAGCAAAGGAGUGUUCUGGUACCAGAAAAAGCUGUGAUGCUGGAUGCAAUAUUGGGGCAAAAGAAAAUGUUGUUAGCUGGUAAGUGUCUUUUGUUUGUUGAAGGACGUCAGUAAUGAAAAGUGUGUUAAAUCUGUCUUAGCAAAUGAAAAAAAGAAGUUUCAGUGUUGUUGGGUUUAGUAAAGUGUCAGUAAUGUACCUUUCCAAACGUAAUUUAUGUUGUGUUGGGUGAAAGCUGUAGUUAUUAUGAAUUACUAUAUGGUUCCAGAGA